GAGGUUUAGUGUUAUAUUAUGUAGGCCCGUCUGAUGAGAAGGAUUCUGAUUGGGACUCAUGAAGAGGCGUUUCCAGUUACUCUAGCGAUUAUUUCAUUUACUGCCCUCUGCUGGAAAGAUUCAGUAUUGGAUGGAAUAUACGGCUGGAAAACGAAAGUGUAGUUUCAUCAGCAGCCAGUGAGGGGCAACAAUGUGCUCAAUAAUAACACCUGGAAGAGAAGAAACUUCCACUUUAAUGCAGAUCUGUCCAGAGCACGCGAAUGAAAUAAAAGGACUGCAAUAGUUGAUUCUCGUUUAAAACGUUUUCUAUAUAGUCAAGAAUGUUUUGGCCAAUUUUAUUAUGGUUUUUUCUUUUCAUUUCUCUUCAAAGCAAUGCGAAACCAGAGAAUCACUCCCUCCACUACAUGUAUACAGGCUUGACAAAAGCAGGUCCAUUUCCAGUGUUCAGCGCUGUGGGUGAAUCUGAUAACAUACAGAUUGUUCGCUACAGUAAUGAAAAACAAGUCUGGAUAAGAGACAAUCUGACUGUAGACGACUGGAACAAAGCUCCUGCAGAACCGCCUGAAACUAGAGAAGAGUUCUUAAAUUAUCUAUAUGAUCUGUCACGCUGCACACCAUCUGCAGAGUGUUCUGAGCUCCAUGUACUCCAGAGAAUAAGUGGCUGUGAGCUGGAAAAACUUUCUAAUGGAACAGUAAAGAGUCGGAAGGCCUUUGAUGAGUUUGCAUACGAUGGAAAGGAUUUUAUUACCUUAAAGUAUGACCUUCUUCCAUGGCUGGAUAAAGGCAUAGAAACCAAAAUGGAUCAUCAAACUGGACGAAACCCAUUCCUCAGAGAUUUCCUCGUAAACUGCUCUAAGUGGAUCUCCACAUUUGACAACACAUAUAAGAGUCCACCAGAUGUUCAUGUCUUUGCAAGGAAAUCUCCUGAUCACAGUAAACUGAAUCUGAGCUGUCUGACCACUGGUUUCUACCCCAAAGAUGUUGAGAUGAACAUCAGAUUGGACAGAACUGUACUUGGGAACCAAAUAUCAUCUGGAAUCAGACCAAAUGAUGAUAAAACCUUUCAGCUGAGAACCAGUGUGGAGAUUGACAGAAACCAUAAAGGAUUUUAUGACUGUUUUGUCAUUCACAGCAGUCUGACAGAACCAGCUUCAGUAGAAUGGGAUGGAAUCUGUUCUAACUGUGAAACAGAAUCUUCGCAGUCUGUUACAGCAGGAGUAGCAGUAGCAGCAGUUCUAGUCUUUCUCAUUAUGAUUGUUUGCUGCAUCUACAAAAUGAGAAGAUCAAAUGGUCUGUGAAGUUACAAGUGGGAUAUGUAAGGUGACUCCACAUCACGUCCGCUGUCUGUCUUUGUGCAAAGAAAGCUGGAAAAAUCAAAUCCAGUAGGUUCAGUAGGGAUGGACUGGGAUGUGAACAGGUUCAUGAGCACUAAAUAUAACCCUAAUUAUUAUUAUUAUUUUUUUUUCAUUUUGGUGCAUUCUGAAGAGAAAAAGUAUUCUUAAAUUCCAGCUCCAUUCUGCAAGAAAAAAAUAGUAUGUUUUUGUUUUUCACUUUAAUCAGAAUAUUAUUGCAUGACAUGUUUAUUAUCUUUCUUUGUGCUCAGUUGAAUUGUUACUUUUUUUUCCAAAUUUCAGAGUUUCUUGAAACAUUUCAAAGGAUGAAAAAUACAUAAAACAUGUAACAUGAAAUGUAAUUCUCUAUUCUCUGGCAAACUGACAUAGUCAAUUAUGAAAUGAUUUAUAAUAGCUUAUAGUAUAUAUGCUUCUGUUCUGACAAAACUGAUUACUGUACAACUGAAUUCAUUAAGCUGUUUUUUCAAAGCAAAUGAUGAAGAAUUUCACGCUCAAUCAUUUCUGGUCACUGAGCUAUAUUCUCAGUUGUUGUAGUCUUGUGUUGUUUUCUUAAAGGUGAAGUGUGUAAUUUCUGCAGCACUGAAAAAAAUAACUUUCAAAAGUUAUUUUAUAUCUUAAGCUAUUUUUAUUUUAGUUUAUUAUUGCUACCCGAGUAAUAUGUAUAUUUUCUGAUAAAUCACCUCCUCAUCGGGUCCAUUUCAGUUCAUGACCGUAAUAGCAUCUCAUUGCUCAGGAAAACUGUUUAAAGCUCAUAAUUAUUUGCUCAUAUAUCACUCAUAGGCCUAUGUAUGUUUUACAAUGACAAAAAAGCAAAAGCACACACAAAGAUGUCAAGGUGAAAAGUACUAAAGAUUUAUAUUAAAAACAUUUUUUUUUUUUUUAAAGAGCUACUAAGGAUCAGAUUCACAGAAUUAUUGAUUUAAAAAAAAAAAUAAAGCCAGUUCCAUUUUAUUUGUAUAUUUUGAUAUCCAGUCUCUGUAUGCAUGUAAACCACAUUGGUAAAGCAAUUAAUCUACUGUAUGACUCGUUUCUUAUCAAAGCUUGAAUUUGACUCAGUCUUAAAGGAACACUCCACUUUUUUUGGAAAUAGGCUCAUUCUCCA